AUGGUCGGUGCGUACUUUUAUGGGCCGGAGUCUUUCAAGAUCUCUCCUCCGGGCCACCCUAAUACGCUCCUAUUGACAGCCUCUAGAGCUAAUCUCACUAGAGACUCGUCCUUCACAGCUCUAGAUAACUUGACUCUUUUAGCCCGCCGCCAGACGAACACACCCUUUGAAAUUUCCAUCGAUGUGCAUCCUGGUUUCUAUAAAGCUCAAGGUGACGAGGCUGGCGUGACAGCCUUUUUACAUCAAGAUCAACAUAUCGACCUAGGAAUCGUCUUCCUUGGUGGCUCUCCGAACUCAAAAGGAAAACUGAGCUUCCGCUGCCAGGCUACUGACGUCGGUAACACCGAUCUCACCAUCAUAUCUCCACUGGUAAUGCCUGUUCCCUUGUUAUGGUUAUCAGAACAUAUUCGCAUCUAUAUCCGCGCCGAGAAUAGUACCAACUAUCGACUUUCAGCCGCGCCAGUCUUCCGACCUCACGAGUCCAGAAUGUUAGCAACAUUUACUGGAGCACUUAUCAGUAGUCCCGAUGUUUUCACCGCUGCCCUACUUAGAGUUUAUGCUACCACCAACGGUGGUAAUCAUACCAUGGAAGGGUAUGUCAGUAGAUGA